GCCAGAGUAGGACGGGAAGAUCAUGGCUGCCUCUAAGCCAGUGGAGCCGCAAGGCGGUCCCGGGAUCCCUCACUGGAAGUUGGCUCUGGCGAUAGGGGCCCCGCUGUUGGUGGGCGCAGGGGCCGUGUACCUGUGGAGACGACACAAGGCGGAGAAGAGGGAUAAGCAGAGAAGGACUCCGGAGGGAAGGGCCAGCCCGGUGCCAGCAGAAGGCAGCUCCACCAAUAAUCCCCAGGAUGCCCCGCAGGAGCUGAGCCCCUUAGAAAAAGCCCAAGCUGCAAAGAACAAAGGAAACAAAUAUUUUAAGGCAAGCAAAUACGAGCAGGCCAUCCAGUGUUACACAGAAGCCAUCAGCCUCUGCCCUGUUGAUACUAAGAGCGAUUUGUCUACUUUCUAUCAGAACAGAGCAGCAGCACAUGAGCAGUUGCAAAACUGGAAGGAAGUAGUACAGGACUGCACUAAGGCAGUGGAGCUAAAUCCAAGAUAUGUGAAAGCACUGUUCAGACGUGCCAAGGCCCAUGAAAGGCUUGACAACAAAAAAGAAUGCUUGGAAGAUGUUACUGCUGUAUGCAUCUUGGAGGGCUUCCAGAACCAACAGAGCAUGUUCCUUGCAGACAAAGUUCUUAAGUUGCUCGGAAAAGAAAAAGCCAAAGACAAGUACAAGAACAGAGAACCACUCAUGCCUUCACCCCAGUUCAUCAAAUCGUAUUUCAGCUCUUUUACUGAUGACAUAAUUUCUCAACCUCUGCAAAAAGGAGAGAAGUCUGAUGAGGAUAAAGACAAAGAGGGGGAAGCUGCUGUGGUGAAAGAAAAGUCUGGUUAUUUAAAGGCAAAAAAAUAUAUGGAAGAGGAGAAUUAUGACAAAAUAAUCAGUGAAUGCACAAAGGAGGUGGAAUCAGUAGGCAAAUAUGUAGCUGAAGCUCUGUUACUAAGAGCCACGUUCUACCUGCUUAUUGGAAAUGCUGCUGCUGCAAAACCAGACUUGGAUCAAGUCAUAAGCAUGGAAGAAUGCAAUGUUAAGCUACGUGCAAAUGCCCUUAUCAAACGAGGGAGUAUGUACAUGCAGCAGCAGCUGCCUGCUCUUUCUACCCAAGACUUUAACAUGGCAGCAGAUAUUGAUCCCCAAAAUGCUGAUGUCUAUCAUCACAGAGGGCAGCUAAAAAUCCUUUUAGACCAAGUAGAAGAUGCUGUUGAAGACUUUGAUGAAUGUAUCCGAUUGCGGCCGGAUUCUGCAUUAGCUCAAGCACAGAAAUGUUUUGCACUGUACCGGAAAGCAUAUACCGGCAGCAACCCUUUACAGAUCAAGGAAGCUAUGCAAGGUUUUGAAGAUGUCAUUACCAAGUUCCCAAAGUGCGCAGAAGGUUAUGCACUGUAUGCUCAGGCGCUAACAGACCAGCAGCAGUUUGGGAAAGCUGAUGAAAUGUAUGAUAAAUGCAUAGAUCUUGAGCCUGACAAUGCCACCACUUAUGUUCAUAAAGGCUUACUUCAGCUCCAAUGGAAACAGGACUUGGAGAAAGGCUUAGAUCUCAUUAGCAAGGCCAUAGAAAUCGAUAACAAAUGUGAUUUUGCCUAUGAAACAAUGGGGACUAUAGAGGUCCAAAGGGGAAAUCUAGACAAAGCCAUUGAGAUGUUCAACAAAGCCAUCAAUCUGGCCAAGUCAGAGAUGGAAAUGGCCCACCUCUACUCACUAUGUGAUGCUGCUUAUGCCCAGACAGAAGUUGCAAGGAAAUAUGGGUUGAAGCCCCCAACACUGUAAGACUCUCCCCAAGACUCUCACUCUCUCUCCCGGGAAAGCAAAGUGCUCUGAGACGAUGUUUCUUACAAAGGAGAGCAAUAAGCGGAGCAGCGGAACUGUGUCAUUCUGCUUGUGGCAUUGUCAUUCCUUCCUUCUGUUAGCUGUUGUUGGUGUUCUGGGAGUGGGAGUCUGCCAUUGUCUCCAGGGUUUCCCCUUGCAAGAGAAAUGUCCAUGGCGGCAGGGGGGAAACCAAGGUAUCGUUGCAUGAGAGCAGAAGGAUAUUGUCAGCCAUGCAAAUAAAACUGCUGAGUUGGGGUUUUUUCUGUUCUGACUUGGGGUUGGGCACUGUGUUUUUGUUUUUUUUUUUCUCCUUACAUUUAUAUUUUAAUAUUUUGGUAAUUUUUUUACAUGAUAAUUUUGUUGGCCAGAUGAUUUCAGUUUAUUCAGACACCUUUCUCUAUUACCUUCUCUAAGUCACAGACAGCUGAUUGUUUUGGGUAACGAUAAAACAACUGUUCUCAAUAUGGCAGCUUGGAAACCAAUAUUCAGCGCGUGCGUCAUCUAUUUCCACUGUCAUUUCUAAAGUUUUUAAUUCACUGUAUAACCCCAUAGCCCCCCAGGUAUUCCUAACUCUGCAGUACUGCCCCACUGGGUGCUGGCUCCCCACACCAUACCCACAGCCUUUGGAGUUAACUGAUUUCAAUGAUUUGGGAAAUGUUUUUCUGAAGAGCGCUACAGAUUUCUCCCCUGUGUACCUAACAUGUCAUUGUAAGAUUUUUCUCAACAGGCGCACCUUGUACGUAUUUUCCUUUUUAAUGUUAAUUUAUGUUCCAGAGAAUCAUGCUUGCAUAUAAAUGAUACCUUAUGGACCAUCA